UCCAAUUAACGUGUCAACAUAAGAUAUAUAAAAAAUGGCUAACUUAAGAAAUGAAAGAAAAUUUAGAAAUUAUAUCAGUGCUUUAGUUGCUACUUUCAAAACAGGAGAAGCGCUUGAAAAUUUUACUCAACAAGGAUUAUUAGCUGUGCAUAAUCAUAUACAAAAUAAAGUAGGAAAUUUGCCACCUUGCUUAAACCAAUGUAGUCAAAAUGGCGGAGAUAUAAACAGGUGGUGUGUUACAUGUAUCAGCUGGCGACAAGAGUUAGAAAACUUCAUUCCACGUGGCGUUCGAAGAAAUUGGCAAGACACAGCUUCAUGGUGUUGGCCAAAUGGAGCAAAAGAAAUCGCUGAAGUAUUUGUUUUUAAAUUUCCUGGACAGGGUAAUAGGAACAUUAAUUUAAAAGAUCUGAGCACAAUAUUUAAUGUAUGGAAUCGUUGCAAACAGUUCCAAAGGCCCGUCGUAAAUUUGUUGGAAAUUCUCAAGGAGUCUCGAAAUGAGCUUGCACAUAACAACGCUAACAUGAAACUUUCGAAUGCAAAGAAGACAUUGAUAUUUCAACAAAUUAACAAUGUUGUAUCACAUCCUGACAUUCAGCAAACCAUACAUAACCAUGCAGAUUUUCUACAAACACUUCAUGAAUUGGAAAAUGGAGAACUAUUUAUGGAGGAUUUCGAACGUGCCCUCCAUGCCAUUGGAUUGCAAAACGCAGAAAUAGAAACUAGAUUAAAUGACCUUUCAUCGACUGUGAAUGAAACCAACAGAAAGAUGUUGACACAUAUUUUUUGCUUAUCUGUUUUCAUCGUCAUUUUGGUAUUUGCAGUUCUGUUUAAAGAACCACCGGCCUACAUUGCUCAACAGAUUAUACGGCUAAAUAAUAUGCCUAUGCAAGCUACAAUGGAUCCCAUAAACGAACGUAUGUCAAAGAUGACUUUAUCGUCGCAAGCGGGUAAGUUGUAACAAAUAAACUCUGAA